AUGACGUGGAAUGAGAUAGUCAACAGCCUAACCGCUGAAGGAAAACUCAAGAAAGCAGCCAUUUUUGACUUGAACGGUGACAAAUUAGCCGGGACGACUGGUAUAAAUAUACUAGGGUUAGAGGCCAGGGAUAUCGUCAAAUGUCUGACUCUCUCGAGCCCGACCAACAACAUCUUCGCCCUGUUCGUGGAAGAUGCCAGGUACAGUUGUUUCGUGGUGGAUGAAAACACAUUAAUUGGAAAAACAACUACGGACAUAUUCGUUGCUCAUAAGAGCAACAACGUGUUGAUAUGUGGAUUUUCGGACGUCAAUUCGGAAGUUUCGUGUCUUAGUGGUGUUAAGAACUUUGCCAGUCGCAUUGGUGGCCAGGUAGGACCUGACGUAGCCGUCCCGACUUUAAUAUGA